UUUGUAAACACGCUAUCAGUCAUUUCGCGACUAGCUUGAGCCAGUAUUCUCAGGAAAUAAAUGAGUAAGAGGUGCGUAACACGUCCACCGUUCGAUACUAUGAAGUAGGUGACUUGGAAAUAAUUCGCAAGCAUGGAUUCCAACAAAAAACACUUGAAUCCAUCUCCAGAAAUCAAGGCGAACAUUUUAUCCAGAUUAUUUUUUUGCUGGGUUCUACCAUUCUUAACUUAUGGCUACAAGAAGGAUCUAGAAGUCAAAGAUAUCUACAAUACGACCAAUUCAGAUCUGUCUGGCCCUUUGGGAGAUAAAUUAGAAGAGAACUGGAAAUAUGAAGUGGACAGGGCUAGAAGCAACAAACAAAAACCUAGUUUGAAACGUGCCAUAUUCAAAACGUUCUGGAGAUCUUAUGCUGUAUACGGAUUCUAUUUUUUUAUACAGAUUAUAUUUUUGAGAUCAUUUCAACCGAUAGUCCUAUCUGAAUUUAUCGCUUUCUUCAAAACAACAGAAGUACAGAAUUAUAAUUUCGGAUUAUGGACUGUAGGUAAACGAACCUAUGGUUAUCUACUAGCAAUGGCUAGCAUAGUUUUGGCUUUUUUGAUCAUGUUGAUUUACCAUCAGACCAGUUUGGGAUGUCAAAGAGUUGGUAUGAGAGUCAGAAUAGCAUGUUGCUCUUUAAUCUAUAGAAAAAUUCUGAAGCUGAGUCAAUGCUCUAUAGGCCAGACAGCAUCGGGCCAGGUGGUCAACUUGAUGUCAAAUGACGUCCAACGUUUCGACACUGCUUCUCUCUACCUUCAUUAUAUUUGGGUCAUUCCUAUAAUGUAUGCUUCAGCAUUCUACAUAAUGUACAAUAUAAUCGGUGUAGCUGCCUUAGUACCGAUGCUCGCUAUGAUCAUACAAUCAGUACCGCUACAAGGCUACUUGUCUAGAGUCCAAGGUGUCCUCAGAUUCAAAAUAGCCCUAAGAACUGAUCACAGGGUCAAACUGAUGAGUGAAAUAGUCUCGGGCAUUCAAGUCAUAAAAAUGUACGGUUGGGAGAAACCGUUUGAGAAAUUGGUCGAACUAUCUCGAAAACUCGAAAUCAAGUUCAUUUCCAAAACGUCCUAUAUUAGAGCGAUUUCAUUGGCACUGAUGGUCUACACCGAACGUUUCGUCUUGUACAUGACCUUACUCGCCUACGUUUUCAUUGGACACCAAUUGACAAGUGACGUAGUCUUUUCUAUGUCCCAAUUCAUCAAUAUCAUCCAGCUCUACACUUGCAUCAUGUUUCCGUUUGCUCUAUCUUAUUAUGCCGAAGCCAAGGUCACCCUAAAAAGAAUUCGAGAUUUUUUGAUACUGGAAGAGAACCCCAUCCAUGUCACAAACAGGCAGAUAACUGCUGGAGAUGAGGCAGGACUUGUGACAGCUGUCAAAGCGAGUGCCAGUUGGUUGCCUAAUCCUGUAGUCAGAACUCUUACUGAUCUCAACUUCAGAAUAGAAUCUGGUACUCUAUGUUGUGUAGUAGGGGAUGUAGGAUCAGGAAAGAGUUCUUUGCUCCAAAUGCUUCUCAGAGAGUUGCCUUUGGUGGCAGGAACUUUAGAAACGAAAGGAAGAAUCUCCUAUGCUUCGCAAGAACCAUGGUUGUUCGUUUCUAGUGUGAGAAACAACAUACUAUUUGGGCAACCAUACGUGAAAAACAGAUAUAACGAUGUAGUAAAAGUUUGUGCCCUAGCAAGAGAUUUCAAGCAAUUUCUGCAUGGUGAUAAGACCCUAGUAGGUGAAAGAGGGGUAUCUCUAAGUGGUGGUCAAAGAGCUAGAAUCAAUUUGGCCAGAGCAGUCUACGUUGAUGCUGAUAUCUACCUUUUCGACGACCCACUAUCAGCUGUCGACACGCAUGUUGGCAAACAUCUUUUCGAGCAGUGUAUCAAAGGUUAUCUGGAGAAGACAACCAGGAUCUUGGCGACACAUCAGUUACAAUUCCUCAAACAAGCAGAUAUGAUCAUUGUUCUGAAGAACGGUAGGAUAGAGAGCAUUGGUAGCUAUCAAGAUCUACCAGAAGACUUACUGAAAAAUAUGAAAACAGAGUCAGAAGAAGAAUCUAAAGAGAAGCAUGAAAUAGAACAUUCGCAAUUAUUAGAGCGAUCAAUGACAGUUCCCUCUAUAGCUAGUUCUAUGGCAGAAUUAGAUAAUGAAGAUCAACAAGAAACCCAAGAACUUAUAGAAAAAGGAAGUCUAUCAGCGUCCUUGUACGUAGAAUACUACAAAAAUGGUGCCAGCAUUUGUAUGCUUUUAUUCACUGCAUUUUUAUUCAUACUAGCACAAGUAGCUUCGAAUGGUUGCGACCUCUGGGUAACACAUUGGACCAAUGAAGAAGAAAAUAAAUUUAAUAACACCAAUAGAAUCGUCUUCAAGAGAGAUAAAGGCACUGAUAUGCUACAGCCAGUUCAUAAUUCGACUUUCAGAGAAGGGAAUUUCGAACCUAUUGAGUUAUUACCCUCACAAGAGUAUUACAUUAUAGUCUACAGUAUUUUUAUUGCAGUAUCUAUCCUUCUCACGAAUAUGAGAUCUAUCAUGUUCUUCAAAGUGUGCAUGAAUGCCUGUAAAGGACUCCACAAUAAAAUGUUUAGUAAUGUCCUCAAAGCCCCAAUGAGGUUCUUCGACACGAACCCCUCAGGAAGGAUUUUGAACAGGUUUUCCAAAGAUAUUGGAGCAAUGGAUGAAAUUUUACCGAAAGCAUCACUUGAAGCUGUCCAGGUUCUUUUGGUCAUGGCUGGUAUCCUCGGAAUGGUCUUCAUUGUAUCAUACUGGAUGAUACUAGUGUCUGUAAUCCUUGGGGUGCUAUUUUACUAUUUCAGAAUCGUGUAUCUUGCCAGUGCUCAAGACAUCAAGAGGAUAGAGGGUAUCACUAAGGCGCCUAUAUUCUCGCACGUAUCAGCUACUCUUUAUGGCAUAUCUACCAUCAGAUCUUCCGGAGCUGAAGAGAUGAUAGUACAAGAAUUUGAUACCCUCCAAGAUCAACAUACAGGAUGCUGGUUUCUAUUUCUGGCUUGCAGUGGUGCAUUUGGUUUCUAUCUGGAUUGUAUCAGCACGGCUUUCUUAUUUGUGUUAACCUUUCAGUUUCUGAUUCUCGACACAGGAGCUAAUGCUACUGGCAACAUUGGUCUUGCGAUCAGCAGCAGUAUGAUACUGAUAGGCAUGCUCCAAUUGGGGGUUAGGCAAACCACUGAGGUAACUUCUAACAUGACGAGUGUUGAGAGGGUCAUGCAGUAUACUAGAAUGCAAAAGGAAGAAGAACUCAAUGUAGCGGCAAACACCAAACCAAGUAAUUGGCCUAGUGCUGGAAAAAUCAUAUUCAAAAAUACUUAUUUGAGGUACUGUAUUGACGACCCACCAGUGUUAAAGAACUUAAGUAUGAUUAUAAAACCCGGAGAGAAGGUUGGUAUAGUUGGGAGAACAGGCGCCGGAAAAUCAACGUUGAUAGCUUCCUUGUUCAGGCUAGCUCCGAUCGAAGGGACUAUAGCUAUUGAUGAUGUAGACACCUCCAUAGUCGAUCUGGAAUACUUGAGAUCCAACAUAUCGAUCAUUCCACAGGAACCUAUACUGUUCUCAGCUAGUAUUCGAUACAAUUUGGAUCCUUUCAAUAGUGCUGAUGAUGAUGUUAUCUGGAAGGCUCUAGCAGAUGUUGAAUUAAAAGGGGCCAUAGAUAGUCUUGCCCAGAUGGUCAGCGAAGGUGGUUCCAAUUUCAGCGCUGGGCAACGACAACUGAUUUGUCUUGCCAGGGCUAUUAUCAGGAAUAAUAAAGUCCUUGUGAUGGAUGAAGCUACAGCAAACGUAGAUCCCACCACUGACUCCUUGAUCCAGAAGACGAUCAGAGAUAACUUCAAGGACUGUACCGUAUUAACCAUAGCCCAUCGAUUGAACACCAUCAUGGACUGUGAUAAAGUUUUAGUUAUGGACAGGGGAGAGGCAGUUGAGUUUGCUCCGCCCCACGAACUAUUACAAAUUCCAGAGGGUUAUUUUACGAAAAUGGUGGAACAAACUGGCUCAGUUAUGGAGGGACAUUUGAGAAAAAUUGCCGAUGACGCGUAUUUCAAAAAAGUAUUAUGAUUACCAUAGUUCCUUGAAUAAGAAUCUGUGAUUUUACCUCGGAUUUUACAACAUCGUGUUUUUGAUCUUUAGAUUGGUUUUUAAGAUGAAGAGUAUAUUCCGUGUAAUAAGAUGAAUUUCCAGAUG